AUGGGUGAAGUAGUAAAUGUUAUCGUGGCAUUUGCUGUGAUUGUCUUCAUCUUUCGCUGGGCUACGUCGAGCGGUCCCGAGGGCGGAGCUCCUUCACCCGCUGACGCGCUCGGCUUCCGACCAAAGAAUGUAACUCAGGAUAUGAUGGACACCGUUGAGAAUAUGUUUCCUGGUAUCCCGAGAGAUAAUGUACGGUACGAUCUCCUCCGCACGGGCAGUGUAGAGAGAACAACGAAUAAGAUACUCGAAAGAGGAUUUCUUGAUACUCCUCCUCCAUCAUACUAUACCCUAUAUGCCCGCGCUACCCCAGGUGCAUCAUCAACGGUCAAUGCGGACGACGUUGCCGUUUCGUCAUCACGGAUAAAACCGAAGGAGACCCUGAUUUCGCGGUAUAAUCUCCAAUCCAAGUUGAAUGAUGUUUCAGAGAUAGCUGCGUUGAACGAUGCAGGUGAGGUCGGUGCUGGUGGUGGAAAAGCCAAAUGGGAAGACACACCGGAAAAGAGGGAAGCCAGUUUAAAAGAGAGGAAGGAGAAGAUGAUUUUGGCUGCGAGGCAGUGA